AUGCUGACACUCGGGGACGAUUCGAUUACUUUUGAGCCAAGCAGCUCUUUGUCCGAUAUAUUUUACGAUAGCGCCAAUUUUAAGGACUUUGUUUAUCUCGACAACUCUGAAAGAGAGACGUGCUUGGAGUUUACUCAAGUUGUCGUUUUUGUGACCAACAAUGGCUUGGAGCUCUAUGAAAUAAAUGAAUCAAAAAAAUCUUCAAAACUCUUGAAAACGCUGAAUGUUGCUUCAGAUUGGUCGACCUGUUACCACACAUCAAAUUUGCUCCUUUUGGCUACCGGAAUGAAUGCAGCGAUACUACAGCCAUUUAUUAUCCAGGGAAAGGAAAUAAUUAGGCUAAAGCCCUUUACGGUCGAUUUUGGUUGCUCCAAUUCAAAGAACAAGCUAUUGGAACGUGAUGUGGCCGUAGCGUCGAUCUACGGAGCCGUAUAUGUACUCGCGUUGCGGUACUCGACACGCGAUUCGACGGCCUCUGAUUUACUAAUGUACAGAUUGCCCACCGACCUAAAUGCAGUUCCUCAAUUGCGGUACACACUUUCAUUAGGUCUGACAGGGAUGUUCGGUAUUCAUGUAAUAGAUAAUAUGGUAAUAGUCCAUCAUCAACUUUCAAAGAGCUCGCUAGUCUUUGACGUGGGGAUGCAACCAAAUAGCACAUCCCACCAACCAUUCCUCAAGACCUCGCUGAUAGCUGCCCCGCGUUUGUGCACGGUGUCGGGACAACCACCUGCACUCUACACACCUUCUUGGGUGAUGUUUGCGCCAAAUAUUGUCAUCGAUCCAACGCUUGGAAUAUUCGCUUCUCUGGCGGUUAAACCCGAACUUGCGGAAAUCGACGACACCGUGUCACGUUUCCGUUUCUUAAUGAAUCGUUCGAAUCAGAAGAAGACGAUCCUGAGUGAGCUAACGGUUGCAAUCAAAGAAAAUAAAUUGACCGUCAGGCAACUCAAGUCCAUUCUGGAAACGAUUACGGAAAAGUUCGUGGUGGCACAGAUUCCGGUGUUGAAGCCGUCAGAACCGGUCAAAGGGCAAUUAUUAGUGGAAGACGUACAACUAUUGUGCAUUAACCAAGAGGAAAUGAUGAACGUAUUUGUGGCAUUAAGAGAAGAGGCUACUGUAUCCGACACGCGAUUGGCAUCCACUCUCCUCGCUUACGUCUCCAUCCUACAAUCACAUGGACUGAACAUUAACCCAUACCUGCUUGAAAUACUAGUUAACACUCUAAUUGGAGCAAACGAAUAUGCCAAACUUCAUCAAUUACUGUCCUACAAGGUCAUCGAAGACAGCAAACCCAUGGCAUUUUUAUUGUUAGGUUUUGAGGCCAAAUAUCCACCACUGUUUCAAUCAGGAGUAGAUAUGUUGGCACGCGAAGGCGCUCACGAUGAGAUUAUCGAAGUGUUGUUGUCGAAGGGGAACGCUACCGAUGCUCUGAGAUAUCUCGAAAACAAUUCGGCUCUGGACAAAUCCAAUGCUCUAAAGGCUUUGGACAGCGCCUGGAGCAGCGGCGACCGCAUCCAACAGCAUGUCAUCUUUCAAUACUGCUUGGAAAAGAAAGGCCGGCAAAACUGGGGCGAGUCAUUCGAAAAAUUCUCUCGUGACUUUCGAAAGCUCUAUCGAGACGAUGAAUUGCAAGAAGGCGUGUCGACACUUGCUUUUUCGCGUGACGUCAUG